CAUCUCUAUAACCUACUUUGAUCAGGGUAAAUUCUGUGUCAAUAAUUCGGAGAAAUAAGCCAAAACUCGGAAGAAACAGCUGGAUAAAUAUAUUUGGCAGUCAUUUUGUAUAAGGUAAACAUAUUGAACAACUAUAUUUUAAUCCACACCAGCAAAUAAGAAUUGGACUUUGAGUAUCAUCUUCUGGUACCAAAACAAACAACGGAUAUAAAGAAACAAUAAUUUGAUACCCCAGUUGGGUAUAUUUGCACAUAUUCUUUAUUUCUAAUGCCACAAGGAAAACACAAAACAGUGGUAUAUAAGCCCAUGCUAACAUCCGAAGACCCCAUCAUUCUCAAAAUGAGGGCCACAUCGAUCAUCUUAUCAGGAGUCCUUGUCCUGGCCGCUUGCCUCCUAAGGAGCAGCGAGGCGGUGACCUGCACCGCUGACGCCACCGUCGCAGGAUGCAUCAACUGCACCACCAGUCCAACCGAUCCCGAGUGUGUGGCCGAGGCCGCAGCCAACACUACGACAGCCCCAGCUGGGGCAGAUACCACGACACCCUCCGCCGGUGGAGCCACCACAGCACCCGUGGCGGAUUCUACCACGCCGAGCACGGCAGUCACUCCAUCUGCCAACACGGACUCGCCCAGUGACUCCUCAUCCGAUUCGGGAAAUACCUCCAACAGCGCGGCUAAUGCGGCCAGGAGGAGGAGGAUUGCGGCCAGGAGGCGUGCUCAAAGGAGGCGCGCCCAAAGGAGGCGUGCCCAAAGGAGGAGGGCCCAACGGCGCAGGAGGCAAAACCGAUCGGGCUAAAGCCAACUUCGCUAUUGC